AUGUCCGCUGUGUAUCGGCUGUCCUCAUCAUGUGCCAUCCUCGAAUGCUCCCAUUGCUUCGUAUCUUGUAAUAACGCUUUCUUAUGUUCGGUAACCCCAGCCGUCGCUUAUACUUCAUUUCCUUAUGACGACACCAGCAUUCCAAAUUCCAACUUUGUUGAGCUUAGGCUCGUCUACAUCUCGACCCUCGGCAGAGCGGUAUCAUCGUCACCGUUACACAACACAGCACUACUUGACGCAAGUAUGACAGUUGCUUUUUCAUCGGGAAUCAUUCCAACUCCACAAGGGCGUUCAGUCGCCAUUCCCAAGCGUGGGCAUCAGCGCCGCUUGAAAACUGGUCGUUCUUCACCUCACUACAACCGUCCAUACAUUUGCACAGUGGACGAAAACCACGAUUAUAUCACCUUGCUGGUUAUCAAAACGAACGAUGAACUUUGCCGAGACGAAUCCCAAUUGGGGGGGGAUCGGGUACCUGUCUUCGAAGCGCAUUCCUCGACGCUUCUUAACUCCAUUGCCGCACCCUCCGUUCACCCGCAUUUCUUAGAAGAGGAUUAUUCUCUCGGCAGUAACACGAUGCUCGCUCCCCUAUACGAGAAUGCCUUCUCUCAAAAAAAUACGUAA